UCGUACGACCACUAAUACAUUGGUUUGUUCUACGGUUCUACGUACUUGCUUACAACAGCUGUUCAUCAAUAUCUACCACAGAAAUGCGUGGGUGUCCCUUGGUCCUCUUCAUAUCAAGUCUGGAGGUGAAAGUGUUCAAGCAACAACACAUAUGGAUUGAAGGAAAUCAUCGAACGUUGUGAAAAGCUCCAUUAUGAGACUAUUUUACCCUCUGGUGACGUUUUUAAGUCUGCUACAAACAGUGAUUCAUGGCCAAGGACCGACAUUUCUCGGUUGCAGUUUGGAAGUGGUGGUGGAUCCAAGUUUGAGAAAUGCUAUCUUUGAUCAGCUUGAACAAGAUGGCUCCAGGCGCAUGUCGGAAAAUCCAGAGGGCCAAUUGAAGAGUGCAGUUACCAGAUUGGUCUCGGACCACAUUUAUUUUGCCAAUGAGAUCUUCGCCAAGUAUGACUUUGGCAGUCUCAACACUCAAUACAAAGUCUACCUCCAAAGACUGAAGGUCCUGGAUGACGAACAUUGCGAGUACAAAGGGGUCGACUAUUGCCAGGACUUGCCCGAAGGACCUUUGGCGCAAACUUACCUCGAGCAUCACUCCCAAGCCAAUCACAGUGAUGUGUGUCUCUCAUUCCUCUUCACAAAUAAAAACUUCAAAGAGGGCUCCCUUGGAUAUGCCUACCAAGCACAUUUGGGUGGAAGCCGAGGUGGAAUUUGCGAUAAAGAGGCUGACUACCAAGAGAAACAACAUCAACUUAGUUACAAUACGGGAUUGGUGGGGUUCACACAUAAUGACAUUCGAGUACCAGAGCUCAUCUCCAAAUUCACUUUUGCUCAUGAACUCGGACACAGUUUUGGAUCCCAGCAUGAUUACCCACAGCAAUGCCUCUUUGAUCGGGAUGGCGGGGCCUAUCUGAUGCAUUGGCAAGGCCCCAAGGGAUUCCACGAGUCCAAUUACGAAUUGUCCCCUUGCAGUGUCCGGAACAUGUCCUUGGCUCUCAAAAUGUUGACCCGAGACAAUAGGGAUUGUCUCACCGAUGUGCCCAUUUCCACGUGUGGCAAUGGAAUCCUCGAAGGAUGGGAGGAGUGUGACUGUGGGAUGAAUGAACUUGAAUGCCACGACCAAUGUUGCCAUCCAGCAAGUCUGGGAGAUCGAGGAUGCACUUUGACUGAAGGCUCGCAAUGCAGCCCCUCCGAAGGACCUUGCUGUUCGUGGGAGUGCCAACUAGUUCCAAGUUCCAACUCGUCGAUCUCAACUUGUCUCAAUGAAAGGGAAUGCCACUUCUCGAGCUCCUGCGACGGUCUUCAAUCGUUUUGUCCCUCUUUGGCACCCAAACCCGAUGGAACACUCUGUGAAGGCGGUACAAAGAUGUGUCGCAAUGGGCAAUGCAGUGGGUCAAUAUGUUCCAAGUUCAACUUGGUGGAGUGUCAUCCCAGGGAUCCCAAACAUUCUUGUGAAGUUCAUUGCCAGGUCAAAGGCAAGCCUUCAUCUUGUCGUCCUUCCUCUGAUUUGGAGCCAUUUUUUAAUGAAAUUGUCAUGAAACCCCCUCAAACCAUAUGCAACAUCGCCGUGAAAAGUUACUAUGAUUUCGGAUAUUGCUCAUCCAGUGGGAUAUGUGACCAAAACACCUCGCCUCAAGUGUCAAACACCGCGGCUUGGGUUGUGGGAUUAAUCAUUUUCCUGAUCAUCUAUCUAUUACUCAUGAUUCUAGCCCUGUGGUUUUACUGCCGUUACUGUCGUGGAAAAACCAUCAAGGCGAAAACCAACCGUGAAUCAAAACCAAAGCCUUGAAAUAAAACCCUUUACCCUGAAAAUUGAGCCUUCCAG